AAAGCAGAACAAUGGCUGGGGUGAGCAGGUGGCCUUGGCCAGCGCUCUGCCCCAAGGGCCCUUCACCAGAGAUCAGGGGUUUGUGUCCCUGCCUGACCAGGACACCUCCGAUCUCUACCUGCAGGCUCUGGACCACCGUGGCACUCUGGACAUAAGGUCACUUCUGUCCCUUGGAUGCCCAGCCCCUUCCCACCUCUGGGAUUGCUUCUGCUGGCUAUUACUUCUGCUCUGGCUGGAACUUAUUCCCCGGAUCCCUGUGAAAUGUCACCUCUUCAGAGAGGCCUUCACCACUGUCUUUCCUGUUCUUGGUUGAUAGGUUCCUGUCAGCUCUUUAUGGGCAGAAGCUGCCUGUGCUGUGUGCUCUGCCUAGAGACAGUGCUUGCCACACAGUAGGUGGGCAGACCCUCCAUCAGUGGCAGGAAAGGUGGGUGCACCCUCAUGCCCCACCGGAGUCUGGCCUGAGCCACUCAGAGGACAGCCUCCAUCUGAGGUGGGUUUGUCCGGGGUAGUGUGAGCCCCUGCGGCCCUCUCUGGGCCUCUCUGCAUUGGCACUGGUUCCACUGCAGCCUGGGGCCUCGACCAACAGGGUAGAAAUCAGAUUGUGAAAGGUAAAGCCUGAGACUCCUCUGCCACGUCCCUGUGAUGCUGUGAGGCUGCCGCCAAAGAAACGUGAGCUUGCUGGGGCCACCCUAGGGUGCCAGCUAGGAGAGAAGAAAAACAGGCAGCCAGGUGAGAAGGGAGAGCCUUGGGCUGGCUGCAGCCCCAAGCUGGCUAGAGGGCGACAGGCAGCCUCCUGUGCAGGACAGAAACAUGAAGACAGCCGCCCUGUGGAGGUUAUUCCUGGAUACCGGGUGAGAAAAUCAACAAGCAAAUGGACAGGUCCAGCUCAAGCCUCUAAAAGCAAUGCUGGGGGACGGUGCAGCAAGGUGUUCCUGGAAGUGACCUCGGCAACACAACUUAGAAGAUGAGCAGGACCCAACCUGACAGACCCACACUGCGGGCAGAAGAGGCCAAGCUGCUAGGGGGUCUGUGAUUGGCUGCGAGACGACGGCCCGCGCACGGAUUGGCUGCUUCGGGCCCGGGGGGCCGGGCCCGGGGGACAGAAUCCGCCCCCGAACCUUCAAAGAGGGUACUCCCCGGCAGGAGUUGGCAGACCUAGAAGGUGCGACAGACCCGCAGGGCAAACAGACUGGGGCCAAGAGCCGGGAGCGCGGGCGCAAAGGCACCAGGGCCCGCCCAGGGCGCCGCGCAGCACGGCCUUGGGGGUUCUGGGGGCCGUCGAGCUCGCGUUUCUCCUCUAGCCAUGGGGUCCGCAGCAUUGGAGAUCCUGGGCCUGGUGCUGUGCCUGGUGGGCUGGGGGGGUCUGAUCCUGGCUUGCGGGCUGCCCAUGUGGCAGGUGACUGCCUUCCUGGACCACAACAUCGUGACGGCGCAGACCACCUGGAAGGGGCUGUGGAUGUCGUGCGUGGUGCAGAGCACAGGGCACAUGCAGUGCAAGGUGUACGACUCGGUGCUGGCUCUGAGCACCGAGGUGCAGGCGGCGCGGGCGCUCACCGUGGGAGCCGUGCUGUUGGCAUUCGUUGCGCUCUUCGUGACCCUCGCGGGAGCGCAGUGCACCACCUGCGUGGCCCCGGGCCCGGCCAAGGCGCGCGUGGCCCUCACGGGAGGGGUGCUUUACCUGCUUUGCGGGCUGCUUGCGCUCGUGCCACUCUGCUGGUUCGCCAACAUUGUCGUCCGCGAGUUCUACGAUCCGUCUGUGCCCGUGUCGCAGAAGUACGAGCUGGGCGCAGCGCUGUAUAUCGGUUGGGCGGCCACCGCGCUGCUCAUGGUAGGCGGCGGCCUCUUGUGCUGCGGCGCCUGGGUCUGCACCAGCCGUCCCGACCUCAGCUUCCCCGUGAAGUAUUCGGCGCCGCGGCGGCCCACGGCCACCGGCGACUACGACAAGAAGAACUACGUCUGAGGGCGCUGGGCACGGCGGGGACCCUCCUGCCAGCCACGUCUGCGAGGCGUCGGAUGAGCCUGGGGAGCCACGCAUGGACCGGUGGCUUCCGCCGGGUAGUGCCGCGCGCAGGCUCCGCGGAACGUCCGGCUCUGCGCCCCGACGUGGUUCCUGGAUCGCCUCCUGCCUGCGCCCGCAGCUGGCCAUCUCCUGCCACCAGCCGGGCCCUGCCCUUAACAGACGGACUCGGACAGUUUCCUUUUCUGUACGCGGCGCUGUUUCUACAGGCAAAGCGUGUGUCAGACUGAGGAUGUCGCUUCCCCUCCAAGACGCUGGGGGUUUUGGCUGUUGCCUUACUUCCCAGAGGCUCCUGCUGACUUCGGAGGGGCGGAUGGAGAGCCAGGGCCCCCACCGGAGAGAUGUGUACAGCUGGUCUUUACCCCAUCAGCAGGGCCUGAGCCCAGGGGCCAGUUACUUGGCCUGGACCUCCCGGUCUCACUCCAGCAUCUCCCCAGGCAAGGCUUGUGGGCACCGGAGCUUGAGAGCGGGAGGGAGUGGGAAGGCUAAGAAUCUACUUAGUAAAUGGUUUGAACUCUC